AUGGACGCCCAGCGCGCGCUCCUCGACAGUCUCUUGGGCUUCAACCGCGACGGCGACCGCCCGGACGAAGAAGCGCUGGACUUCCGCCACCCGCGCGUCUGCAAGGCCUAUCUCUGCGGCCUGUGCCCCCGCGAGCUGUUCCAGCACACGCGCCUCGACGCCGGCGCCUGCGACCUGUUGCAUGUCCCCGCGCUCCGCGCGGCGUUUCAAGUGCACCGGAGAAACGCUGCGGAUAGAAAUGGGUACACUUGUCGCCGAACCAGUGGCUACGAACGCGCGCUGGCGCACGAGCUAUCGCAGAUGCUGGUGGACGUCGAGAAGAAGAUCGCGCGGGCGCAGAAGCGCCUGGACGAAGGCGGCGACGAGGGGCCGGACAAGGCGCAGAUCCUGCAGCUGACGCAGGAGGUGCAGGACGUGGCCCUGCAGGCCGAACAAGCGACGCGCGACGGGCUCGUGGACAAGUCGCUGCAGCUGAUGGAGCAAGCGGAGCUGCUCAAGAAACAGCGGCGAGCGCUGCUGCGCCAGAGCACGAGGGGAGGCGGUCUGAAUGCUGUGGCCGUGGACAAUGUGAAUCAGAAGCUGCGCGUGUGUGACGUGUGUGGCGCGUUCCUGAGCAUCUUUGACAGCGAGCGGAGACUGGCGGAUCACUUUGGAGGCAAAGUGCACGUGGGCUACGUCCAGAUUCGAAGCAAAUUGAAGGAGAUGAUGGAGGCGAUGCAAGCAGAGAGGAACGACGAGGGGACGAAGAGACGGCUGUCAGUGGAGCGAUUAGGCAGAAAGGAACGUCCUCGCAGACGAAACGACGGAAGAUCGGCACGCAGUCAAGUGGACGAUCGAGAGCGGCGGCGAGAUCGAGACCGCUCGAGGAGUCCUGAGCGGCGACGUCAUCGCGAUCGGCCAAGUCGCCGCAAGCGACGGUCGCGGAGCCAGAAUCCCGAGCGAAAGCGAAGUCGCAGCCAUCGACAUCGCUACUAG